AGCCACCUUGCAUAAAUUUAUGUUUUUCUGUUCUAUUCUCAUUUUUUAGUCGUUUUCUAAUUCCAUCGGGAGUAGGUUUAUGUUGGAUAAUUGUUGUUCUCGGAUUAAGUAAUUUUUAUUUUUUGCAUACAUAAAAACAAGUACCUAUAAUAAUGUCUGGCUUAAAUCCUUUUGCGCAGUACCAAAAAUGUUUCAACAAGGACGGUGUUGAAUAUAAAUACUUUGAUUUGGGAUCAAUUAACUCAAAAUAUGAUCAGUUACCAUAUUCCAUAAGAGUACUAUUGGAAUCAGCAGUGCGCAAUUGCGACAACUUUCAUGUAUUAGAAAAGGAUGUGCAAAAUAUUUUGGCCUGGACACCCGAUUUGAAACAGGGACAAAACGAUGUUGAAGUAUCAUUCAAACCAGCUCGUGUCAUUCUUCAGGAUUUUACAGGAGUCCCCGCUGUUGUUGACUUCGCAGCUAUGCGUGAUGCAGUAUUGGAAUUGAAAGGUAACCCAGAAAAAAUAAAUCCCAUCUGUCCAGCCGAUCUGGUUAUUGAUCACUCUGUUCAAGUUGACUUUGCUAGAACUUCUGAUGCUUUGUCAAAGAAUCAAAAUUUAGAAUUUGAACGCAAUAAGGAGCGUUUCACAUUUUUGAAGUGGGGUGCUCGUGCUUUUAACAACAUGUUGAUUGUUCCACCUGGUUCUGGUAUUGUUCACCAAGUUAAUCUGGAAUAUUUGGCUCGUGUUGUUUUCGAAGCUGAUACUGAAGAUGGAGCAAAAAUGUUAUAUCCUGACAGCGUUGUUGGAACAGAUUCACACACAACAAUGAUAAACGGUUUGGGUGUACUAGGUUGGGGAGUUGGAGGUAUUGAAGCAGAAGCAGUUAUGCUGGGUCAAUCAAUUUCCAUGCUUUUACCUGAAGUUAUCGGUUAUAAAUUGGUUGGAAAGUUAAGUCCACUAGUAACAUCCACAGACUUGGUUCUGACCAUCACAAAACAUUUGCGUCAAUUGGGAGUAGUUGGAAAAUUUGUCGAGUUCUAUGGUCCUGGUGUAGCUGAACUUAGCAUUGCUGAUCGUGCCACUAUAAGUAACAUGUGUCCCGAAUAUGGUGCAACAGUUGGUUAUUUCCCAAUCGAUGAGAAUACAUUGAACUACAUGAAGCAAACAAAUCGUUCUGAAAAAAAAAUUGAAAUUAUCAAACAAUAUUUGGAAGCCACACGUCAAUUGCGUAAUUACACAGAUGAGUCCCAGGACCCUAUUUUUACACAAACAAUAACAUUGGAUUUGUCUUCUGUUGUUACUUCAGUGUCUGGACCUAAACGCCCACAUGAUCGUGUGUCUGUUUCCGAUAUGAAACAAGAUUUCCAAUCUUGUUUGGUGAAUCCCGUUGGUUUUAAGGGUUUCGCUAUUCCAUCUGAUGCUCUGCAAGCUUCUGGGCAAUUUCAAUGGGAUGAUGGUAAGAAUUACACCAUCAAACACGGUUCAGUAGUUAUAGCUGCUAUCACUAGCUGUACCAAUACAUCAAAUCCUUCAGUGAUGUUGGGAGCUGGUCUUUUGGCCAAGAAGGCUGUUGAGAAAGGCUUAAACAUUAUGCCUUAUAUAAAGACAUCAUUGUCUCCUGGUUCUGGCGUUGUGACAUACUAUUUGAAGGAGUCUGGUGUUAUUCCAUACUUGGAGCAGUUAGGUUUUAAUAUUGUUGGCUACGGUUGUAUGACUUGUAUUGGAAAUUCUGGUCCUCUGGAUGAAAAUGUUGUAAACACUAUUGAAAAGAACGGUUUAGUGUGUUGUGGUGUACUGUCGGGCAACAGAAACUUUGAGGGACGUAUUCAUCCUAAUACACGCGCCAAUUACUUAGCGAGUCCUUUGUUGGUUAUCGCUUAUGCAAUUGCUGGUCGCGUUGAUAUUGACUUUGAGACUGAACCUUUAGGUGUUGAUGGAAAUGGCCAAAAGGUAUUUUUACGCGACAUUUGGCCAUCACGUUCAGAAAUUCAAGAGGUUGAAAACAAACAUGUCAUACCUGCUAUGUUCCAAGAAGUAUACAGUAAAAUAGAGAUGGGUUCGGAAGAUUGGCAAACUUUACAAGUUUCUGACGGUAAAUUGUAUCCGUGGAAUAAGGAAUCCACUUAUAUUAAACGUCCACCAUUCUUUGAGGGAAUGACACGUGAAUUGAAUAAUAUUAGCAGCAUCAAGAAGGCUCGUUGUUUAUUGUUUUUGGGUGACUCAGUCACAACAGAUCACAUAUCACCUGCUGGUUCCAUUGCUCGCAACUCUCCAGCUGCUCGUUAUCUUUCGGAACGCGGGUUAACACCAAAAGAUUUUAAUUCGUAUGGUUCACGCCGUGGCAAUGAUGCUAUUAUGGCUCGCGGUACAUUUGCCAACAUUCGCUUGGUUAACAAGUUAAUAACGAAAACUGGGCCACGCACCAUUCACAUUCCAAACCAAGAAGAAAUGGAUAUUUUCGAUUGUGCUGAGAGAUAUCGCGAAGAAGGUACACCUUUGGUGUUAGUGGUUGGUAAAGAUUAUGGCAGUGGUUCCAGUCGUGAUUGGGCUGCAAAGGGUCCAUUCCUUUUAGGAAUCAAAGCUGUUAUCGCCGAAUCCUAUGAACGUAUUCAUCGUUCUAAUUUGGUAGGAAUGGGUAUCAUACCCUUACAAUUUUUGCCAGGUCAAAGUGCUGAAACACUCAAUUUGAAUGGUCGUGAACAAUAUAACAUCAAUAUUCCAGAACAAGGUCUUAAACCCGGUCAAAAGAUUCAAGUUGAGGCUGAUGGGAAAAUCUUUGAAACUAUUUUACGUUUUGAUACUGAAGUCGAUAUUACAUAUUUCAAGAAUGGUGGUAUUUUAAAUUAUAUGAUUCGCAAAAUGUUGAAUUAAAUGAAAUGAUCAAUCAGUAAUAUUCUAAAUAUUUUUACGCAUUUUUUAUAUAUUAUAUAAAACUUUAUUAAAGAUUAUGGUGAUAUUGUGUUUAUAACCGUUUAAUUAAUAAAACUAAAUAAUUUUAUUCAA